UGUCUCACUACCUUACUGGUAAGGAUGGAUCCUGACCAACUAAGAUCGAAGGCCUCGGCAAAGCCAAUGUUCUCGAUUCUCUCUACAUGUUCAGAAUCUCGUGCUAGGUCUGGAAUCAUUUCAGUCAACAACAAAACCAUGCUCACUCCAGGAUUCAUUACUCAUUCCCCAAAAGGUAGUCCACAGAAUCUAACACCUGACUUAUUACAAAAACUUUCGCAACUAAAGGCUGUAAACCUUUGUGCCAAAGAUUUCUCCGCUGACUUAGAGACCCUCAAAAACUAUAACCAGGGCGGACACAAGUUCUUCAACCUACAAGAUAAAAUAUUAAACCUUUCAUACAAAGAUUGUUCAGAGUUUGAUUCUGUGACAUGUGUUAAAAACUCUCUUUAUGUUUCGAUGCCUGGUGGCAAAAGAGAGCUGAGCGUGGCCGAUUACUUUUUCCUAUGUGAAAUACUCGAUUGCGAUAUGUGCACUCUGAUGAGCUUCGAUGUCUCAUUUUACCCAGGAAACAAAAGCAUCAGGAAGUGUGUCGACAAGACGCUGACUUGGCUUGAUUGCUUCUUAACAACUAUAUGCAAUAAGUCUUCACAAAGAAAGGAAAGGUUUUACUUCGCCGUUAUUCAAGGCUCACAGAACAUAUUUGAGCGUUUUCGCUGCAUUCGAAGUAUUCUAGAACGACAGGCUCACUAUAGGUCGAAAAACAUAGAUCCUAUACAAGGAUACGUUUUAGGCGGUUUCGGCCUCGAUGAAAUUAAUGAGGAUCGUAAGCACCACAUUGACCUGUCAUUGCAAAUGUUACCUCCAGAAUUUGCUCGCAUGGUACCUGGCUUGGAACAACCAGACCAAAUACUAGAUGCCAUCGCUUCUGGCGUUGAUGUGUUUUCUAAUAAUUAUCCAACAAAAAUUGCUGCAUUGGGCCACGCUCUCGUAUUUCCUCUAGAUUUACUAAAAAAAAGUCCGCGAAAACGGCAUAUGACAGACGACGUCAGUUUUUCAAACGAACUCGACCUAAACGACCCAAUUUACAAAACAGACGUUUUUCCAAUUUUGAAUGACUGUCCUUGCUACACUUGUACCAACCACUCUAAAUGUUACAUACAUCAUCUACUUAAUACUCACGAAAUGUUGGCAACUAUUCUACUCGUAUCGCAUAAUUUGUAUCAUUAUUUAGAAUGGUUCAAAUAUAUUCGUGAGGCUAUUGAACUUGAUCGAUUUGAAGAAUAUCACAGGCUCUUUUUGGAUUUAUAUUAUAUUUUUUGUAACUAAUUCUGCUUUGGUAGAGUAUUUGAGCUGUUUCGGAAGAUCGAAAAUAUUCCUGAUCUAUAAAAAAAUAAAAUAUUUUGGUUAUAAAAA